CCUCUCUCUGGUCCGCCCUUGGUCUUGUGUGCGGAACAUCAUCAGAGGGAACUCUCACUUCCUGAUGCUUCUUUCUUUCUACUGCGGAGUCAUUCACAUUUUUGAAACCAUUUUGCUUGCUCUCUCUGCCGUUUGCCACCUUUGGCCAUGUCGCUACCGCCGCAGCAGCUACGCUACAAAAGUGACUUUGACCAGCUGCCUAAUAACGUCCCCAUCAGCGCCACCAUUGCGGAUAUCGAGGAAAAAAAAGGCUUCAUCGACUAUUUUAGGUUUGUUGUUGAGGUGAAAACCAAAGGAUGGAGCAAGUAUUUCAUCUACAGGCGCUACCGUGAAUUUUUCAGCCUUCACCAGAUCCUGGAGUCCAGAUACGCUCCAGAGGACCCAGACAGACCUGGUCCCAACACCUGCGUGCUGCCCACACUUCCAGGGAAAGUGUUCAUCGGCAACAAGCGGGAGAUCGCGGAGAGCCGAAUCCCCGAGCUGAACACAUACAUGAAGAGGCUGUUGGGUCUGCCGACGUGGUUGCUGCUGGAUGAGGAUCUCAGGAUGUUCUUCUACCAGACGGAGCAGGACAGUCAACACCAGCCUCGAGCUCUCAGGCGUCUGCGACCGCCCACCCGCAAAAUUAAGACAGCCAAACCCAAGACGGACCUCUUCUCAUCACCAAGGGCUGAGGCCAUUUUUGACUUUUGUGGCAGCAGCAAGGCAGAGUUGAACCUGAAGAGAGGAGACUUGAUCUUCCUGCUGCAUCGAGUCAACGCAGAAUGGCUGGAGGGCACGGUCAACAACCAAACGGGUAUUUUUCCACAAUCCUUUGUGAAAGUCAUCAAGCCCCUCCCGGAGAGUGAAUCAGAGGGCGAAGGAGAAGGCCACACCUACAGCUGCCUGCGAUGCUACCUGCUCACCCCCUCUGGAAUCCAAGCCAGAGACGUGUGCGUUCAAGAGGAUCUCAACAUCCAGCCAACACACAAGGAGCUGAUGUCUCGUAUGAGGGAUGUGUUCACGGUGGAUGACAUCGCGUUGAACUACCGCGACGGCGAGGGCGACCUCAUCCGUGUGCUGGAUGACGAGGACGUGCUGCUGAUGAUCAAGGAGUGCCGAGGUCAGGCAGCGGGGGCGGUCCAGAGGCCUGUCAAUCAGUUUCCGUGGGAACUGCUCGUGACCAUGGCCUCUGACCUCUCCGUUUACAAUGUGGAGGCGUGACACCAUUCUUACGUUAGUAUAGUAAACCAUAUUCACUCGUAUA